AUGCGCGCCCCCAUCGACCUCCAACUCGGCUGGCCCAGCCCCACCCUCCACCCCACCUCCGCCCUCCUCGCCAGCGCCUCCCCCCUCCUCGGCGGCGGCUCGCCCUCGACCUCGGCCGCCGCGCUCAACUACGGGCCAGGCCACGGGUACGCGCCGCUGCGCCGCAGCAUCGCCGCGUGGCUGACGCGCAACUACCACCACCACGGCGACGACGACGGUGACGACGCCUCGCCUUUGGCCAUCCCCGCGGCGCGCAUCGGCGUCGGCAACGGCGCGUCGGGCACGCUGCUGAACGCGGUGCUGCGGCUGGCGGACCCGGCGCGGUAUACGCGCGCGGUGUGGAUGGUGGAGCCGACGUAUUUUCUUGCGUGUCCGAUUUUUGCGGAUGCGGGGUUUGGCGGGGAUGGGGAGGAUGAUGGGGAGGAUGGUGGGAGAAGUAGGAUGCGCGGUGUGCCCGAGGACGAGGAGGGCAUCGAUGUCGGUUUCUUGCGGGCCAGCAUCGAGCGGGUGGAAGAGGAGGUGCGGAGUGGGACGGGGUUCUGGGGCGGGCUGGGCUUGCGGGAGCGCGAGCCGAAGAAGAAGGGGUCGGGGUCCGGCCCGUGUAAGGUGUACAAGCACGUGCUGUACAUGGUGCCGACGUGGUCGAACCCGAGCGCGAAGACGAUGAGCUUGCGGCGGAGGGAGCAGGUCGUGCGGCUGGCGAGGGAGUUUGACGUCUUGGUCGUGACGGACGACGUGUACGAUGUCUUGAGGUGGCCGGUGGAGGAGGGCGUGCCGGUGGAGGAGCUGGGCCCACUUCCGCCGAGGAUCGUGGACGUGGACAGGGUGCUGGACGGAGGCCCCAAGGAUCGAUGGGGCAACGCGCUGAGCAAUGGGAGCUUUUCCAAGAUCAUUGCGCCGGGGAUUCGGGUGAGCUGGGUGGAGAGCACGCCAGCAGUGGUGGAUCGGGUGAUGAUUAUAGGCUCUACCCGAUCUGGGGGUAACCCGGCCCACUUCAGCUCCAUGUUCGUGCACCAAAUGCUCUCGACUGGCGCACUCCAAAAGCACAUUGACACGGUCCUUGUUCCCACUUAUCGGCGUCGCUACCAUGCUCUUAUGUCCGCCAUAAAGGAUUACCUGAUGCCCCUCGGCGUUGUUAUCGACGUUGGGAAGAAAUACGAAGAACCAGGUCUCAGGCAUCCUGAAUCCGCUGGCGGUUUCUUCACCUAUCUGAUGCUCCCACCCGACCUACCUCCAGCUGAAAAGCUUGCAGCCGUGGCGCGCGACAAGCACAAGUGUAAGUUCGCUUUCGGUGAUAUGUUCAAAAUAGAGGGCGAUCCCGGAAGUGCGGAAAGGGCAAGGCAGAAAGGCGGCUUCGAGAUGGGGAUAAGAUUGUGCUGGGCCUGGCUCGAGGAAGAGCAGCUGGUUGAAGGCGUAAGGAGAAUGGCUCAGACAAUCAAGGAUGUACGGGCUGAGCAGUCGGGGCGGAUAGGAUGA